CUUAUCAAUAUUCGCCACAACAUGAGUGUAAUGAAAAAACUGACAAUGAGGGAUCCAGUGAUAUCAGAAUCAGAAAACGAAUCUAUAAUUCAAAACCGACAGCCGUUUGCAUUCAGCGAUUCCGAAACGAUGAUAGCAGAUACUCAAGCAGUGGAAAUGAGUAUUUUGAAGGAGAAGAAGAAAACGAAGAAGAGGAAAUUAGCAAUGGAAGCGGAAGAGAAGAAAAUUAUAAAUGUCGAGCAGGAAAUGAAAGAAGCGAGUAUGUUAAUGGAGAAUGCUACUCAUAUGUCGAUGCUCUCACUACUAUUGGUGAUUUGGACGCCGGAAUUUCUAAUUCAUUCGAAUUUGAUCUUAGAUUGCUUGAUUCCGCUGUCUCUAAUGAAGAAGGAAUACGAAGCCAAACGAGUUUUACAUUUGUUGACGGACUCCCUACUGUUUGUACAAAAACAGUUAAUAAACCAGAAGAACGAAUUAAGCAAGUGUUCGUUGAAGAAUUUGGUAACAAUUCUCUUAAACAGCGAGUGGUCCACGACGUAUUUGGAUGUGAACAUAACGAUGGAAACUUCGACAUGGAUUACGAACAGUUAUGCAGAAAAUUUUCAGGGGCCAUCCUCAUCAUCGCGCUUCACGACAACCACAUCCAUGUCGUCCAUGACUGUACAUACUUCAAUAAUUCCUGUAGAUGUGCCUUCUCAAAGUUUAUCCAUCUCAAAGUUUAGACCAAUAGAAGAUAUUCUAGACGAGUCGUUCCAAGUUGGAAAUUCACGAUCCAACAUUGGAUCAAUUUGUCAAUCUAUUUGCAGAAGGAAACCCGGAAGUACUUAUACUAUAACAUCACCGGGAGAACGUGGUUUCCAAGUAGUAAAGCUAGAUGUGUACGAUUUUUCAAAGAUCUCCAAGAAGCCAAAGAUGGAAUGGUGGAAGGAAGCGAAUUAUCGUUCAACUUUUUUGAUUCAAUCUCCUGUGGACCCGAAUCAUCAAUUGGUCAUGAAACUUUUGCUGAAUGUAACGAAUCAACUCAACAAAAUACCAGGUAAAUAA